CCGGAGGGGCUCCAGUCCGCCUCGGCUCAGUCCCCGGCUCCGGACCCUCGGUGCCGCUCUCUCCCUCCGAACUCCCGCUCCUCUUCCCGCGGACGAGUCUGAGACGCAGGGCGGGGACCGGCUGUGUUUAAGAGGGGCGCUACUCACGCUCAUACUCACGCGCACACACACGCACGCUCCUCCUCAGCAGCAUCCCGAGGAGUUUUUUUCUUUUUCUUUUUUUCUUUUCUACUCGUUUCGUUUCCACUCAGAGCAACAAGUGAGGCGAGCCGAGGCCACCAUGCCGAGCCAGAGCCGGAGCCCGAGCCAGGCGCUGCGCCCGCGGCUCUGCACGCUGGAGAAGGGGGACAACGGCUACGGCUUCCACCUGCACGGGGAGAAGGGCAAGACGGGCCAGUUCAUCCGGCUGGUGGAGCCCGACAGCCCGGCCGAGAGCUCGGGGCUGCGCGCCGGGGACCGGCUGGUGUUCGUCAACGGGGAGGAGGUGGAGAACGAGAGCCACCAGCAGGUCGUGUCCCGGAUACGAGCCACCGUGGGCCGCCUGGAGCUGGUGGUGGUGGACCCGGACACCGAGCAGCUGCUCAGGAAGCACGGCAUCAAGUGUCUCCAGAGCUACGUGACCGAGGGGCUCCCGGUGCCCUUCGACGAGGAAGAGGAAGAGGAGGUGGAGGAGGAGAAAGGAGAGGUGGUGGUGGUGGUGGAGCAGGUGGAGGAGGAAGAGGAGAAAGAGCUGGAGCCGCAGCAGCAGGAGGAGGAGGAGGAGGAGGAGGUGGAGAAAGAACAGAGGCAGGAGGAGGUGGAGGAGAAAGUGGACGGGACAGAAAUCAUUGAUGAGGAGAAACAGGAGGUGCCGGAGCAGCAGGAGGUCCCCCGGGAGUCCACGCCGGUCCCGGAGAGCAACGGAGACAUCCACGUGCACGUGGAGAAGAAGCUGAGCGUCUCCUCAGAGAAGGAGGUGUGCGCCGAGCUGCGGCCGCGUCUGUGCGUGAUCCAGCGAGGCUCCAACGGAUAUGGCUUCAACCUGCACAGCGAGCGGGCGCGGCCGGGCCAGUACAUCCGAGCCGUGGAUGAAGACUCUCCAGCAGAGAGGGCCGGCCUGCUGGCCAAAGACAGGAUAGUGCAGGUGAACAACGUACCGGUGGAGGGGAAGACGCAUUCAGAGGUCGUCGUUGCCAUUAAAUCCGGCGGUCAUGAGACCCGGCUGCUGGUGGUGGACCCCGAAACAGACGCCUUUUUCAAGCGGUGCCGAGUGGCGCCCACCAUGGACCACCUCAUGGGUCCACUGCCGGAGCCUGUCAUUAAUGGAGGGAUGGAGGAGAAGGUGAACGGCAGACUGGUCAAAGACGCAGAAAGAGACUCCAAGCUGUCCGUCAGUCCUUCUCCAUCAAACGCCUCGUCCAACACCUCCCUCACGACCCCGCCUGCCAACACCCCGCCUGAGGGUUUGAUCACCGACGCCAUUCCGGCUCUGAACUUGAGCCUGCAGCAGGUCAAAGAGCUCGCCCACCAGAAGCGGUCCAACAAGAGAGCCCCCCCAAUGGACUGGACCAAGAAAAAUGAGCUCUUCAGCAACCUAUAGGCCCCCUCUCCUCCGUCGAUGCUCACAACACACACACAUACAUCACCCACUCAUUUUUUUAUUACUAUUGAUCAGAGAGACUAUUUUCUAUCAUUGAAUGAGCAGUUCAUCAAACCGGACCAGACAAAGUGUCACGCUUUGUGUGAAAUUUAAUAUUAUUAUUAUUAUUCCUCAUUUAUUAUACACCAGCUAUGAUACUGCGCCUGUGUAACGUGCUACUAACCACACAAAGAGAGCAUAUACCAUUGAGAGUGAACUGGGAGAACGCGUGUGUAUGUGUGUGUGUGUGUGUGUGUGUGUGUGUGUGUGUGUGUGUGUAUGCGUGUGUGUGUGUGUGUGGACCCUGUCAGUCCCUGCUGGCCAGAGUCUGUUGCCUGUGGAAACAUGGCGAUUCAGUUUCAGGACUGUCUCCUCCCUCUAAAAGCUUCAUACUAACAUUUAAAGCACUUGAAGGCAUCAACUUCCUGGCAAUCAGUUAAUUUAUAGCCUAUUGUUGGUUUUUAGGGAUCAAACGUCCGAGUGAGGACUGAGAAAAUUCCUUUUGAUUCUGUUUUUUUAAUAUAUUCCAGUGUAUUUGCUUGUGUAGUUUCUCUGUCUUUGUUAACACUUUCCUCCCUUGUAUUUAAAAAAAGAAUAAGCUUAUCAAAACUCCCACUCUGUUUUAAGAAAUAUUCACUGAAGGCUUUAAACUGGAAAUGACUGUAUUAUAAAGUGCUUAUUUUUUAUGUAUAUACAUAUCUAUAUCAUGUAUAUUUUUACACUUUUGGCAGAAAGGAAGCUCUUCUCAAUCCCGUCUUGACACCUUUUAUCCUCCCGUACUUUUCCUGGUCCAUACUUAAUAAUGUGAACUGUAUUACAAGUAACCUAUGCCACUUUGAUUUGCCAUCCUUGUUACUGUGAAUGGCUGCUCGGUUCACCUUUUUAGCAACACGACUACUGUUAUUGCUACAGCAGAAUUGCAAAUAUGUGAAAUCUUUCAUGUUUAGGAACAGUGUAACAUUCGUCUGAAGGAGAAUAUCUGUGCUUCAAUAGAUCAUUUUAAAAAUAAAGAACUGGAUUAUAUAGAAGAGUUUUUUGUAGUUUGUUUGAGCAAUAAGUGAUUUCUAUUCUGUAACGAGUCGGUCGUCACAGCAUUAUCCUGUUAUCUGAGAAUAAAUGGAAAUAUUCUCCAGUGGUG